ACAAGCCUCCUCACCACCCUCAAACCUAGCAGAAAUGACUACAAAAGUAUUGCUCUAAUACAUUUUCUUGCCCCCUACUGGACUAUGUACACCCCUAGCAGAGACCACUGUUUUCAGGGUAAAUAACAACAACAAAAAUUUUAGAGAUACAGCAUCCAGCCUCUGUGUCACAGUCCCCCCUCUGCCUCAAGUUUUCUGUUGUUAGUGGUCUAGGCAGGGUCAGUGUUUCUGAAAAACAGAAGAGGAGAGAGAGGUUCCUCAGGCCUGGGUGGGCCUAGCUUGCAGCCAGGGUUGGAAGCCACUGUUGAAAGCUUGGUUUUCCAUGUUUUGAGGCAGGUGGCUCAGGCCGCUGUUCCCUAAUGGCACUUUUCCCACUGGAAAACUUCAGAUCGUAAAUACAGCCUCCUCAGUCAGUCUUUGAAACUACACCAAACACGGGAAGGAAUUCUAAGCCCACAGGCUUCCGUGCGGCAGGUCAGUGACAUGGUCCCUUCUCCUUGCAGUGAGUGCUGCACGGAGCUGCUGGACAUGGUGGAUAACUACGCUGUGCUCCAGCUGGACAUAGUGUGGUGCUACUUCCGCCUGGAACAGCUGGAAUGCCUUGACGACGCAGAGAAAAAGCUAAACUUGGCCCAGAAGUGCUUUAAAAAUUGUUACGGAGAAAACCAUCAGAGACUGGUCCACAUCAAAGGAAACUGUGGCAAGGAGAAGGUGUUGUUUUUGAGACUCUACUUGCUUCAGGGAAUCCGAAACUACCACAGUGGAAAUGGAGAAGAGGCCCGCGAGUAUCUCAGCAAGGCUCGUCAGCUCUUUAAAGAGCUGUGUAUUGAUCCGGCAAAAGUUCAUAACUUAAUGCAGCUGGGGUUCACUGCCCAGGAAGCCCGGCUCGGCCUGCGGGCGUGUGACGGGAACGUGGACCAUGCGGCCACCCACAUUUCCAAUCGCAGAGAGGAACUGGCCCAGAUAAGGAGAGAGGAGAAAGAGAAAGAAGCGCCGCCGUCUGGAGAGCAUCAACUCUCUGAGAGGAAUGGGGUACUCCAUGCAUGCGGCCAAGCAGGCCCUCCAGCAGGCCAGCGGGAACCUGGACGAAGCCCUGAAGGUGAUGUCUCCGGCAUGCUCUGCAGCCCUGCUUACACACUCCCCAGGGUCCUUCCCAUAUUAGAGCCCAGCCCUGCAAUUCCCAGUUUGGAUCCGAGGGUUGGGUCUGCUGCCCUUCAACCAAUCUCAGGCUCAGUGUCAGGCUGCCUGGCCAUGGGAGGGGCACCUGCUCAGGUCGGCACGCCACGGCCAGGUGUUGGUGUCGAGGUUCUGUCUGCAGCAGAGUUUAAUGUCCAUGGAGGUUGCUUCUAGAGUGGAAAAAGAGAGUGGCAAAGUUCCAGUAUGUUUUUGAAUUACAAUUUUAAUUUGAGUAUCUGAUUUUAUUUAGUGCCUCUUGGCAAAGGGGCUUUUAAAAGAAAU